AUGUCUAAAGAGAACGAUGACUUGGACUUUCUUGCCGAUGACUAUGAUCAACCAUCACAGUCCCCAAGAACAACAUCAACCCGUCGAUUAUCUACAAGACCUCGUGUCGUCCUCAAGAAAACCUCCAAUUCAUCAUCAAAUUCGACAAGUGGCAGAAGAGACAGCAUCAACUCUAAUGAUGAAUUAACUUUAGAUCAAAUACAAUCACCACCUUCUUCUUCAUCAUCAGCUACUACUUCACCACAAUCAAUUUCCUCUCCUCCAGAGCCAACAUCAAUCAACCCAACAAGAAGUGGCAGCAGUAAAAUAAUAAUUGGCUCCAAGAUACAAAAACCAAUCAAUAACAAUAAUUCAACAACAACAAACAAACCAAGUCUCAUUACUGAAAGCUCCAGUAAAGUUCAAACUAAAAAGUUUAUGAGUAAUUUAUUGAAAAGUGUUCAGACCACACAAAAUAAUUCAUCUCAACCUUCCUCUCCAACCAAUGAAUCUCAACAACAACAACAAUUGAAUGGAUCUGGUGGAGUUGCUACUGCUACUACUGCCAAUGCUAAUAAUUCCGAAGGUAUUGUUAUUGAUGAAGCAGAAGAGAAGAGAAGAGAUUUUGAUGAAUUGAUGAUGAAAUCCUCAAAGAGACAACAACAACAAUUAUUCAGUGAUAAUGAUAAGAAACAAAUUACAUUGGAUAAACUUGAGAGUUUGAUGCAAACAUUGGAUAGACAUGAUAGAGUGCCACUGUUGGAUGAAAAUAUUAAUAUUGUUGAUUUGUAUAGUAGUGAUCCAUCUCAGAUUGAUGCAAAACAGGGAAUUAUCAAAUCAAAUCCUCCACUCUUUCAGAAACAUGAUCAACCAUUAGAUAUUGACUUGUUUGAGGAGAUUACAAGUUUCAGUACCAUUCAGAGAAGAUAUCUUUCACAAGAUGAAAUGGUUAAAGGUGAUUUCAAGACAAGUCAUGAAUUCCAAUUGAAACCAACUGUUGGAAAUUUAUCAAGUGCAGUUGAUGAAGUGAGAGAAUUUGUAAAGAAAGAGAAGGAACGUCAUCAAAUCAUGAUGGGUGGUGAAGAAAAAUCAACACAAAAUGAAUCUUCUUCAUCUCUAACUGGUGGUGGUGUGCCUGGAGCCAGUUCUUCCUCAUCUGAUUUGAAAUCAAAUUUAGAAAAACAAGUUGAACAUGAAUCACAUAUGGAAAAAGCUAAGAAAAUUUUCAGAAAGAUUGAAUAUCGACAUGUUUUCAAAGAUUUAGUUAAUAGAUUGGUUAUGGAAAAGAUUGGUAUUCCUACAAUUUUACGUGUCAAUUCAAAAUUUAUUGCAGUUGGUACAUCGAAUGGUCUCAUUGUUUUAUAUCACAGAAAGACUGAAAAUCGUUUGGCAAUUUUGGGUUCCAUUCAAAAUGAAGAAAUUACAAAUUUGAGUGGUGGAAAAGUUGUUAGACCUAUUCAAGUUACUGCUCUCGAUUUUGGUUCUAAAAUGACAUUACCUUAUGAAGAGUUUAGUGCCAAAUCAGAACAAGAUUUAUUAAUGUUAUAUUAUAGAAUUUCAACUGAUCAAGAUGAUUAUACUGUUAAUGCUACAACUGGAGGUGAUAAGCAACAAGAUGAAGAAAAUAUUGAAGUAUUGAGUCAAACUUCACGUGUACUUGUCAGUGGUCAUUCAGAUGGUUCUAUUAACAUUUGGAAUUUAUCAACAUUUAAACCUGUCAAACCACUUAAGGGAUAUUUCACAAAACCUGUUCAGAAAAUUGUAAAUUUACACAAAACUAGCAAGCAAUAUAAUGCCAUUGAAUUUUUGGCAGUUGAUACAAGUGGUAGAAUGAAACUUUUCAAUGUGAGAAAGAUUAUGUUUGCUUACUAUGUUGAUGUUCAACCUAUUUUAUGGGCAAACAUUCCAAAAGAAAUGACUUCCUUCAAGUCAACCAAUAAUUUAGAAAGUGAAAAUGGUGAAUCCAAUUCUUCUCAAUUAAUUGCUAGUAGUAUGACUCCAGAACAACAAUUAAAGAUGAAAGAAUUAGAAAAGAGACAACAACAAGAAAAGAUUCUUUCCACCUUUUCAGAAUUCCAAGUAUUACCAAAAUCAGAGGGUAGACAUCCAUUGGAUAGAUUUGUUUUGGCUGCUGUUGCUACUGAAAGUGAAGUUACCAUUCACUCUGUUAAGCCAUCAAGUAGACAAAUUGCAACACUUUACAAUAAUAGUGUUUUAGAUAUGGCUAGUGGUGCUGCUUCAUCUGCAGGUUCAUUCAUGAGAAAGAAGAUUACUCCAAAGAUUGCAUGGAAAGCAAGUCAAAUGGUUGAUGGUGAUCAUAGAGGAUUAACUGUUUCUCUCAAUGAUCAAACUAAUCCUUAUUUGGCAGUUGCUUGGGGCAACAGAAUUGCAUUCUAUCAUGUUGAAGUUCAACAACCUUCAUCCUUCUUUAAUUUCAUGUUUGGAGGUAAUUCUAACAGUGCUUCAACCAAUGGUCAAGCUAACAUCAAUGGAACACAAAAUGGUUCUUCUCAAAAUGGUAAUUCAAAUGCCAAUACACCAAAUGGAUCAUCAAAUAUGAAUGUUAAUAUGGGAGGAAGUGAUUUGCCAAAUAUUUACUUUGCUUCUGAAAUGUUUGUUCCAUUCAAUAUUGAACAUAUUCACUGGUUGACUGACGAUUUAUUCAUCGUAUUGGACUCCAAACAAAGCAAGAUGCUAUUGAUUGAUAGAAAAUUGGAAAGCUCAACCAAUUGGAUAGAAGAAGUUAAUUGUAAAGAUUUAAUGUUGGACUAUAUCUCUGAUCCAAUGAUGAACAUUCCAAAUAAUUUGAAAAAGAAAUAUGGUUUACAAUAUGGUGGUGGUUUUACAAGAGGUAGCUUUGAUGUUUCUGCAUUCCAAUAUAUUGAAAUCUUACGUCACUCUUCAAUUACUCCACAAAGCUUGAAGCAUUCCAUGUAUAAUUCUUCAGAUAGUGAUGAUACUGUCAGUAUUCCAAGUACAACUCACUCAUUUGCAUCCGAAAUGUAUAGAGCUAGCUAUGGAGGUGGUGGCAUUGUUACUGUCAAACAUCGUAGUCCAACUAUUUACAUGUUGGGCGCUUCCGAGUUGAGAGCUAUGCGUUGCUUGUCUUGGGAUGAAAGAGUUGUUGCUCUUCAAACUAUUGGAGAGUAUGAAGAAGCUUUGAAUAUGUCUGUUGAAAUGUUCAACGAUCCAACCUCUAUUGGUGCUCUUGUUGGGCUUCCAAACAAGGAAGAAAUUCAAAGACAUCAAGCUGUUAGUGCACUCAUUUCUUCUAUCCUUGUUGAUUACAGAGAUACAAAAUUGCAUCAACUUCAACUUGAUAAUGGUUUAACUCAUCAAAAAGUGGAAAGUUUAGUUCAAGUUGCCAGAAAUUGUUUACAAAGAGCAAUUGAAAUUAACGAUAUUGAAUUGAUUGAAGGAACUUUCAUGUCUUUUGAACAUUAUGGUUGCGAACACAUUUUCUUCCAAUUGUUGGUUGAAGAGCUUAUUUUGAACGGUGCCCUAUCAAGAAUGAUGACAAUUGACUCUAAGAAAGCUUCAUAUGACUUUAUUCAAUCUCAAUUCAUGAAGAUCAAGGAUUUGUACACAUCAGAUGCUGAUCCAGAGAAGGGUGAAAAGGGGUUGAUUGAUCUUUCAAGAUAUAUCAAGUAUCACAACAAUAUUGAUAACGAAAUAGCAUACGAUUCCAGUUCAAUUCAUCCACUUUCUCCAAAGGUCAGAUUCGAAAGACUCGAAAGUAUUAUUCUCAAUCUGGAUAUUUCCAAAUUGCAAAUUGAAUAUGAAAUUUUCUUGGAAUUGAAUGAAAAGUGCAAGAGAUACAACUUGUACAGAAUGCAUAUUUAUUCAAACUGUGUAUUGAACUCUGAUUUCAUCACACCAGUUAGAGAUUAUUUGGAAGACAUUACAAUCUCUGAUUUGUCUACUGUUGAAACAAAGGAAAAGGCAGAUGCAAUUUUGGAAUACUUUAAGAAUAUCGUCACAAAGGGAACAAUCUUUACUGAUGCUUAUCACAUUACCGAUGUUGAAGUAUUGAAGAAGGUUAAACGUUUGAUUGUUGACUUUUUGUUUGAACAAACAAGAGUUGUCAGAAUGUCGUCUAACUCACAAGAAAAACACAAGAAUAAUGGAAUUGCUAUGUUGAAUUUGGAAAAAUUGAUCAAGUACAAUCCAAAGGAAACAUUUGAUGUAUUGAAAUUAUACUUUGAAGAAAUUGCUGUCGAAGGAUCAACUGUUACCUCACCAUUUUAUACCACAUUCCCAAGACCAAUCAAGAACCCACUUACAAAGGAAGAAAAGGGAAGUAUUUUGGAAGAAUUUAUUGUUACAUCCUUUGCUGAUUGUGUCAAUGAGGGAACUGGUUCCAACAUGUCACUUCGUAAAUGGGUUCCAAAGUUGAACCGUGAAGAAUUGAUUGAGGCAAUGAAGAGUUACAUUCUUGAUCCUCCACAAGGUGAAUUAGAUAUUGAAAUUGAUAGUCCAACCUUCACAUUGAGAGAAAAGAAAUACUUGUACGAAUUUUUGGGAGAAAUGAUUGCCAGAAAUAUUUUGGCAGAAGACAAGGGUCAAAUUAAGAGAAUUUACACUCACUUGUGUCAUGACAAUGUAUUUACCUCUGAUGAAACCAAAGAGUUGCUGAAACAAUUCAAGGAGCACGAAAAGGCAUCCACUGAAACAAAGAAGGGUAAAUCACUCCACUUGACAGAACAAGCAAGACAAGAAAGUGUUGAAAGAAUUAUGAAGCAAACAUCAUAUCUCAAUGAGAGAAAGGAAUAUUUGAUCAAAGAAUAUGAUUUCAAACGUCACAGACAAAAUAUUUUGAUGAAAAUUCUUGAAAAACUUGAAAGUUCCAAUGAGCAAACCAUCUCAACUAUUCUUGUUCGUUUGAUUGACUAUGCCCAAGAAAAUAACUGUUAUCAAGCUGCUGUAUAUUUGAAUAGAAAGAAGAAAGAUUACAAAGCUGUUAUUAAGAAUUAUAUUGAUGAUCUCAAAUUGAAGAAAGCAAUCGGUCAUAGUCAACUUGACACACCUGUAUUCAGUUAUAUUUCUGAAUUGGCAAAUGAUUCUGAAGUUAUUACUAUUAGUAUUCAUGAUGCUAUUUUGGACCAUUUCCUUGAUUUGAUGAAAGCUGACAGUGAAGAAAUGACAUUACUCAUUGUGAAAUACUUCCCAACUCUCCAUCCUCAAGUUUUGAAUACUCUCAUCACUUCAAGCAUCAAACACAUUGAAGAUGAAAGACUCUUAUUCAAUUACUUGUCAAAGAUUAUUAAUAUUUAUGAAGGAAAUAAUGAUUUGAUUGACGUUAAGGCCAACACUAGUUCUAGUACAAUGUCUCAAUUCUUUACAAGCAUGACAAGAACAAAGAUUGAUGUUGAUAUGGAAUUACAAUAUCAAUACAUUAGAUUAUUAUGUAAAUUUGAACCACACAAAGUUUGUGAUUGGUUACAAACUCAUCAAUUCCCAGGUGAGAAGGCAGAAGAAAUUUUAGAAUAUUGUAGAAAUAUUCCAGAUGCUGUUAGUUUCCUCCUUGAAAGAAAUGGUGAAGUUAUGGAAGCUCUUAACAUUGUUUUGAAGAAUAUUUCAAGAGAAACAAGUAUUUUGGAAGAAACUCUUUCGAAUAUUUCUAAAAAGUUUGAUCCAGAAAAUAUUAGAUUCUCCAAAUAUAGACAUGUUAAAGAUAUCAAAGAGAGAACAAGACUUCAAAAGGGUGUUACUUAUACAGAUGCUGAAGAACAAGCAGAACAAAAGGGUAUCAAAUUCUUUAAUGUAGAACGUAUUCUUGGUUUGGUUGACUUGGAAGAAAUUCCACUUGAUGUCUAUUUGGAAGCAAGAAGAAAAGUCUUAGAUGGACGUGGAUUACUUCCAAAUACUUCUAAUGUAGAUAAGGAUGAUGCUAGUGUACACUCAGUAAAUCCUCUCCAUUAUGGUUUGGAUGAGGAAUUCAUUGGACGUGGAUCAAUCUUCCUCCAAGUUGAAGAUUUGCCAGAAUCUAAAAAGAUUCGUAAGGAAUUAGCUGUUGCUAUUUCAAUGUGUAAGAGAAAUACUACAAGAAAGACAGUUGAUGAAAAGCAAGUCAAGCAAUUGUGGUUCAAAUUAUUGGAUCAAUUCAAUCUUCCAUUCAGUGAAUAUUUCAAAUCUUACAAACUUGGUAUUGAAGAUUCAUCAGUUUCAAUGAAGAGAGAUGAUGAAGGUGGUGAAGGAGAAAGACUUCAAGCCAAUGAAGAAACCGAUGUUGAACAAUUGAAAUCCAAGAUUGAAAAAACCAGAGAAGCAAGAAAAACAAAGGAAAAUGAAUUGCUUGAAAAGGAAAAGGAGCUCUCUGAAUGUGUCGAUGAAGAAGAAAGAAAGGGACUUCAAAAGACGGUUGAAAAUUCAAAGAAAUAUAUUGCUCAGCAGAUUAAGAAAGAAAAAACAAUUCAAAAGCAAAUUCAAGACAUUCGUGAUAAGAGCAAGAUGGAAAAGGAGAAAUCUAAUCAAAUGCACAAUUUAGCCAAGUUGUGGCUCCAAUUAUUGGAAUUCAAAUUAUUGAGAGUUGUUGUCUUGUCAGCUAUUGGCAGUUUACCAAUUCCUGAAAUUUUGAAGAAAUUAACCAAGGAAAAUGCCAAAUCAGAUUUCUCAAUGUACAGACAAAUUUUACUUCAUUUACUUGACAAGUACAAGUAUGAUUUGAAAUUGUUACAAAAUGCCAACAAUGUGGUUGAGGAAGACACUUUCACAUUGAGCAAGAAAUUCACUGACAGAUUAAUGAGAGGAUUAUGUCCAACCGUUCCAAAAUGUAUGCUCACUGAUACAUUACUUACACCUGAAGUAGAUGACAAUGAAGAUGAAGAAAAGACCAACUCAAAGAAGGGAAGAAGAGAAAAGAAGUUUGAUGUUAUCAGAUUAUUUGAUACUGGAUAUGGUUAUAGAUUAUCUGCUCUUGGUAAUGUGACACGUUGUCCAACUACAACCACCUCUGUAAAGAAGAAGAAAUUCGAAGUUGAAAAGACAAAAUCAAUUACAGAAGUUAAAAAGAUCACUAACGAAUUGUCAAGACUUUCACAAGUUGAAUCUCAAGUCAAGAAGAAGCCAACUAUGAAACUUUACAGAACUGCUCUCAAGGAAUCUCAAAUGGUUCGUUCUUCUACAAAGAAAGCUGGAUCACUCGAUUUGGUGUUCAGUGGACUUGACAGACCAUUACUUCCUCCUAUUGCCGAAGAGUUGACCAAUAUGGUUCCUAAUUUGUUUACUACCACAACAUCUAGAGAUAUUUCUGCUUCCAAUGUUGAGACUAAUGUUGAAAAUUCAAUCGUUUUUGAAGGAAGAUAUGUUUCACAAGAACAAAUUAUUGACUCUUUACUUGACAAUGCCAUUCAAUUCUAAAAUAAUAUUCAAAAAUUGUAAAACAAACAUAAACAUCUUAAUUUUU